AUGCGGACAGAUGAGCCGCGUCACACAACAAGGCUUGACCAGCAUUCACCACUUCAUAUUCAGCGACAGAAAUCCACAGACACACCUAGGCCAAUCAUUGAGAAGAGCCAAUGUCAGCAAUACAGUCUCAGCGGUAUAGGGGUCCACCCGGUUAUUGCACGUAUGGCACGCAUUGUCCCCAUGUCCACGACCCCAUGA